AUGUCAAAUAGGCAAAGUAUUGAUGACAUGAAUUUAUCUGUAAAAAAUAAAAAGAGCAAAAGUAUUUUUUCCUGCCGUCCAGUUAAAUAUGUAUGUUUAUCAGUAGCCGUAGCUGCCGUUGGAUAUGCAAAUUAUAUGAAUAACGGAGAUCGAAAUUCCUUAUCAUGCGUUGAUUUGAAUAAUGUAUAUUCCAGAAAUUUGUCUGAAUCACAAGAAAACCAUAAUUCGUCCUUUACAAGAACUAAUUUGGUAGAGAAUGAAAACGAAGAGGAUGAUAUUUUCGGUGUUCAUAGAGAUGAGUCAUUUGCAGAGACUGUUUUGAAUGGACAAGAUAUUAUUAGUUAUUUAGAACAUCAAAAUACCAAAAUUCAUGAAGAUAAUAUUCAUGAUGAUAUUUCACAUACGUUGUUAAAUGAGGGUGAUGUACAAAAUUAUUAUGAUGUAUUAAAUGUAAAUGAGCACUCUGAUCUAAAUGAACUUAAAAGAAAUUUUCACAACUUAUCUUUACAACAUUAUCCAAAGAUAACUAGUGAUAACAGCUUUGAGUUAAAUGAUGAAUUUAAUCAAUUAAGUGAAGCAUAUCAAGUAUUAAGUUAUCAAAUAAGAAAAAAUAUUUAUGAUAAUGAAGGAGUAUAUGGAACAAAAAAAAUGGCUAUAGUAAAUCCACUUAUAUAUUUUAAUGGAAUAUUUACAACUCAAUUAAUGCAUGAAUAUAUCGGAACUACCGAGGUAGCCCAAUUUGUUCAAUUAUUUUUAGAAAGAAACAUUGCACCUGAAAAUAUAGUAUCUUUCCUUGAAGAAUCUGUUAGUGAUAUGAUGAAAGGGCAAGAUUAUAGAGAAUUACAAUUAACUGAAUUGUUAAAACAAAAAUUAGAUUUAUAUAUCAAUGAUGAUGAAAAAUGGCAAAAUAUAAUUAAAAGUGAAAUAAAUGUUUUAACAAAAUCACCAUUCUCCAAAUUCAUUUUAGAAGCUGUGGGUUGGACUUAUGAAAAUGUAGGAAAUAUAUAUAUGGAACAAACAGAUAAUUUUGAUAACGUAUAUCAUGGUAUAUAUGUAAAUUUAGCUGAUGAAAGAAUUAAUAGAAAUUAUGCUAUUUUGGAUGAAAAUGUAAAUGAUUUUGUUUCAUUAUUAAAAAAAUUUUAUCCUUUUACCGAAACUGUUAAUCCAUAUUUAAGAAGAGCAAAACAUAACUUAAAUAAUUUACAAGGUGGAAUCAAUAACUUAUACAGUAGUGUUAAUGUAGUAUAUGAUAAUUUAUUUAAUGAAAAUAUUAAUAUAUCUUCUAACGAACACUACCAUUUAUUACAAGAAUUAUUAAAAAUUAUAUUAAACAUCAAUUUGUGCGAUAUUGAGGAAACUAUAAGAGAAUGUGCAUAUAAUGUACUAAAGGAUAAAACAGUAGAUGCAAGUGUUCAUUCAAAAAGAGCUCACAGAAUGAAUAUAUUAGGAAGCUUAAUGUUAGAAAGUUCUAAUGAAUAA